UUUUUUUUCAAAUCAAACCAUCCUUUCUUGAUUGCAUCAAAUUUUUCUUGAAAAAAGAGUACUAAGGUUCCAAAAAAAAAAAAAAAAAAGAAUGUGUGGAAUAUUUGCAUACUUGAAUUAUAAUGUGACAAGAGAGAGACGUUACAUUCUUGAAGUUCUAUUUAAUGGUUUGAGACGUUUAGAGUAUAGAGGGUAUGAUUCUGCUGGAAUUUCAAUUGAUUCUUCAAAUCUCAAUUCUGAAUCUCUUGUAUUUCGUCAAGAAGGCAAUAUUGAAUCUCUUGUCAAAUCUGUAUAUCAAGUUAUAUUGAAAUUUUAUGAUAGUUUAUUAGCGAAAGGUAUUGACUUUAUGGGGUUAAGUUUGUUUCUGUUAAUAAUUCUUGCUCUGAUCUGGUUUCAUGCAUCAAUGCUGAUGCUUUUUUGUUUUAUUAAUUUCUUUCUAUUUUCUAUUCAUGUGUUGGAGGAGUGUGGGAUGAGAAGGACGCACGCCUCUAAUUGGUACUUCAACGAAUUAUGGUCAGUUGGGAAACCAACUCAAUUCCAGGACUUAGAAGAAGAGGCCUCAGCAGGAUCAUCAUUUAGUGAUGCUAAAUUUCCUUCAAGCAAUGGGCAACCAAAGGAAUUAUUCUUGUCCAGUGAUGCUAAUGCUUUGGUUGAACAUACUAAGAAGGUCUUGGUAAUUGAGGAUGGCGAAGUUGUUCACAUCAAGGAUGGAGGCGUGUCAAUUUACAAAUUUGACCAGGCUAAGAAUAACCAUGGUGGUGCUCUUGGUAGACCUGCUUCUGUUCAGCGUGCCUUAUCCAUUUUGGAAUUGGAGGUAGAACAGAUAAACAAAGGCAAGUAUGAGCACUACAUGCAAAAAGAAAUUCAUGAGCAGCCAGAAUCUGUAACGACGACUAUGCGAGGGAGACUUAUACGUGGUGGAUCAUGUAAAGCCAAGACUGUUCUCUUGGGGGGCCUGAAGGAUCAGCUCAAAACCAUAAGAAGAAGCAGGAGAAUCGUUUUUGUUGGGUGCGGCACUAGUUACAAUGCAGCUCUUGCUGCAAGAUCCAUCGUGGAAGAGCUUUCUGGUAUUCCUGUAACCAUGGAGAUUGCCAGUGAUUUAGUGGACAGACAAGGGCCAAUAUAUAGAGAAGAUACGGCUGUAUUCGUUAGUCAAUCAGGGGAAACUGCUGACACUCUGCUUGCAUUAGAGUAUGCUCUGGAAAAUGGCGCAUUAUGUGUUGGCAUUACAAAUACUGUUGGUAGCGCAAUUGCUAGGCACACUCACUGUGGCGUUCACAUAAAUGCGGGCUGUGAGAUAGGAGUUGCAAGUACUAAGGCAUACACGAGCCAAAUUGUUGUGAUGGCCAUGUUAGCUCUUGCAAUUGGAGGUGAUACACUCUCAAAUCAAGCAAGAAGAGAAGCAAUAAUUGAUGGUCUAUUUGACUUGCCACGCAAAGUGAAAGAGGUGCUCAAGCUUGAUGAAGAAAUGAAGGAUCUUGCUAAGCUGCUAAUUGCUGAGCAAUCACUUCUUGUUUUUGGAAGAGGUUACAACUAUGCAACAGCUCUUGAAGGUGCUUUGAAGGUAAAGGAGGUGGCACUCAUGCACAGUGAAGGUAUACUUGCUGGAGAGAUGAAACAUGGUCCCUUGGCUUUGGUUGAUGAAAAUCUCCCUAUUGUAGUAAUCGCCACCCGUGAUUCCUGUUUUAGCAAACAACAGUCAGUCAUUCAACAACUUCAUGCACGGAAAGGUCGACUGAUAGUGAUGUGCACAGAAGGAGAUGCAGCAUCUGUUUCUGUUGGUGGAUCAUCUCGAGUGAUUGAAGUUCCACAUGUUGCGGACUGUUUGCAGCCCGUAAUUAAUAUAGUUCCAUUACAGUUAUUGGCCUAUCAUCUGACUGUACUACGUGGAUACAAUGUUGAUCAACCUCGCAAUCUUGCCAAAAGUGUCACAACACAGUGAGCUAACCAUUUUCUAGUCUUUCCCUAUGUCCAACCUCUACCACUUGAUGACAACAAUUUGAUCUACUGGUACAGCUUUUGACUCCUACUACAGGUCGCAUUGACCACAAUAUAGCUAAUUCACUCUGUAACAACUAGAUUCUUUUUGUUUGGUAACAUAUUUAACAUGACAGUUCUAUUCAUAUUAGUGGUUGGUUAUGUAAUCGAGCUAAUCUUGUAGACAUGAAAGACCAUUUGGAGCAAGUCUCAGGAAGUUCUUUUGAUUAAUUUUAUUUGUGUUACUAUUGUUGUGUGUUGUAACAAUAGGAUAUGAGCAAUUUGCAUUUUAACGAAUGCAUUUCAGGA